GUAAAACCAGUUGGAUGUUCUGUCAUAUUCUAGACUGUUUAACUUAGCUUAUCAUAUUUAUAGUGAAUAUCAAGUGCUGGGUCGUGUGUAUUGAAUCCCAAUAGAACAACAUGCAUUUGCACCAUGGCCAUUCUUUCCUCAAGCAUGAUUCAGCCUUUUACCAAGUUGAUUGUCAACUGUAUUGAAAUUUGGAGUCCACUGUCCAUAAACUGAUCGUUAUGAUACCUCAUUAUAUGUAAGGCAAACUGUUAUGCACUAGUGGGCUUGUCCUUGGAAGAAAUUCAACACAUUCACAUACUAGCUUUCAUCCCCUUGCUUUGGCUGAAUGGAUUAUAAUUAGCUAAAGAAUUCCUUUUUCACAACAUUGUAUAUUUAUUCAUGUUUGUGAGUUCAAAAUAGGGUCUGUAAUGAGGGGGAGAGUCUGUCCUCAGCUCUCUAACAAAAUUAGUGUUGUUAUAGUGCUUUUGUGAAAUUUCCAUUUUUUAUUCAAGGUAAAUUUCAAUUAUUGUAUCAGAGCAGUUUUGCUUCUUAUAUCUGAAACUACUAUAUUCAUCACUCAUGAAACCUUUUAUAAGCAAAUUUGAAGGAAACGACAGAGCAUAAAACACUGUACGAUGUGCAUUCAAGUCUAAUUUGGGGAAAAAGGUUGUCAUACCUAUCAUUAUUCUUUCAAUUUAGAGUUGCAUUACUUGGUUGCUAUAGUGUUGAUGUUUGAACAUUGAAGCAUGCAUUGGUGAAAGUGUUUUCAUGAUUCCAUGACAGCUAGUGCGCCUGAUUAGACUCAAAUUCUAUAAAAAGAGAACAUAAAAAGAUCUUUGCACCAGCCUAAAGAUUAUAAUUGAUGCGAGGCAUAUCUAUACAUUUCUUAAGUAGAAUUUGUAGUUACCAUCAAGAGGGUGUUGGUUCAUUGCUGAGCUUAACACAGUUUCUUGCUGUCCUCUAUGGUCUGUUCCAGCUGAGGCCCACUCCACCCAUAGGUAUGCAAACAAAUGUAUGAGCCUGAGUGCAGGUCCUUGGAAAGCUUGGAAGAAUAGCCACCCCUUAAACCUGGUAUCAAAGUUGAAAAAUAUCUGUGCUAUUUGGUGUAGCUUCUUCAAGGUUGUUUCUUGAAGCGUCCAGCCCAAAAAAAGGAGUUCUCAAUCUUGAUUAGGGUAGGGUGUGAUGUCACUAUGCUCAUUGACAAGCCAUGGCUAAGUACCUAGGGUUGGUCAUGUUGUCAUACAUCCAUAGAUUAUAGUGAGACAGGAAGGUCUUCUGACUUGAUAACUACUGUAUUAACCAAUUAGUUUAGUGGAACAAGCAAGUACUUGGCUAACGUAAGCACUCAAUUUCUAUGCUUGACAGACAGAAUACAAACAAGCUCAAAAUUCAUUAAUAGGAUGGCACUUUCCUUCAACAAACAAGCAAUGGAGAUUUUAUCACAUUUCCAUUAGAUGUUCAAAACCUUCAAGGGCGGUAGCAACUUGCGUACUUUUUACAUUGGGUAACACCAUUGAGUGUUAACACUACACAAACAGGGGAGAGAUAUACCACUUCAAACAGGACCAAAUGCUAGUGGUCAAUUCUAAAGUUUCCUGAUACAAAACAUAAAUGCAAAUCUGUCUGGUUGUUCUACUGGUCACAAAUUAAGGGUGGGCACCUAUCGAAUGCAAUCCUUCCCUAUACUGGCAUGCCUACACCAAACACCCAUUAGUUUUUAAACCUUCCACAACCUAGUCUUUUGAUUAGAGAUAAUAUCCAAAAGAUUGCUUCUAGAAACAAUUUCCUUGUGCAAAAUAAAACAUUAAAUCUGCUUCAAUUAAAGAUUGAGAUAUUCUGACAUAACUAUGCAUAACAAUCUGCAAGAACAAAAUCACGUGCUUAUUGUAAACUAUGAUACAAGAACAAUGUUGCCCUUUCAGAGGUGAGGUGUAAUGCUUUAUCUUGGGAGCGACCAUUUAAAAUCUCCCCCAAUAACUUGAUAAGAAAGUAGAGACAUCAUAAAGAUUACUUUCUUCACACCACUACCCUUGUUUGUUUAUAUAUGCAGUUUAUUUGAGGCAUCAAUUUGUUAGCUUUUUGCCUUAGCUUUUUCAUGGAGGAGUUUAAUUGUAUAUAAUAAAAUCAUUGAUGCUCUACUCAGUAGUAUCAAGUUUCUCUUCAAUGAACAGACUUCGGUACAUACUUUUUGCAGCUUUCAUGUCAUAACAAUGCUUGGUUUUUGCUUUCACUCGUUGUGUGUGUGUGAUUAUGGGUCUUUUAGGAGAGAGAAAUGAAAUACAUUGACAUAAUCUGCAUCUACAGAUGGAAACAAAUAAAAUUAUGCGCAGAAGGAUGCUUAUGUGAAAGAAAUCCUUAAGGAACAGAGAACCUCAAUCUGGAAUAUAGAUGACUUUCCAUAACUUGCUGAAAUUUCAAUUUCUGGGACCAGUCAGUCUAGUUCCACUUGCACGAGAUGAAGCUAGAUAUUUCUAUGGCAGUGUCAUCACUAGAAAGACAACCUCUACACCUCCAAGGAAUUGAAGGUUCAGCAUUCAUAGACCUCUCGAAAAAUAUGUGCAAUGUACAGAGAAAAUCUCAACAAGGCAAUAAAGUCUGCAAAAGAUCUCACAUAUUUUGUUCAACAGAAAGAGCUCCAGAAAUUGCCUUUGCAAGUUCUCAACAAGCAAAUAACAUACAAAAAAAUCAUCUUUUUGAACUUCCAACUCUCCAGCAGCCUAUGCAGGUUGAAGAAAUGCGUACUGAUCCCAUUCUUAAGACAAAAACUGAAGUUUUACUAUCACAUUAUAUCCCUGUUUUUGUCAUGCUUCCGUUAGACGUGAUCUCAAAUGAUAAUACCCUUCAAAAUAAAGAUCUUCUAAAAGCAAAUCUAAAAGCCCUUAAGUCUGCAAAUGUUGAUGGGCUCAUAGUUGAUGUCUGGUGGGGGAUUGUGGAGGCAGAAGGACCAAAGCAAUACGAUUGGUCUGCCUACAGAGACUUAUUCAAACUUGUACAAGAACAAGGUUUUAAACUACAGGCAAUCAUGUCGUUUCAUCAAUGUGGAGGUGAUAAUAUUACCAUUCCUUUACCAAAGUGGGUUCUGAAGACUUCUGAAUCAAAUCCAAAUAUUUUUUUUACAAAUAAAGAUGGUCAACGUAACAGGGAAUGCCUUAACUAUGGUGUAGAUGACAAGCCUGUGCUCCUAGGCCGCACAGCUGUGGAGAUAUAUUCUGAUUACAUGAAGAGCUUCAAGGAGAAUAUGUCCGAUUUUCUGGAUUCACGUUUAAUAUCUGAGAUAGAGGUGGGCCUUGGUCCCGCUGGUGAAUUGCGAUUUCCAUCCUUUUCUAGAAGUCAGGGUUGGCGGUUCCCUGGAAUUGGAGAAUUCCAGUGCUAUGAUGAGUAUCUUCUGUCAGAUUUGAAAGCUGCUGCAGAAAGUAUAGGCCGACCAGAGUGGGCAUUUUCAGCUCCUGACAAUGCAGGAAAUUACAAUGACCAACCAAAUUCUACAGGUUUUUUUCAUGAUCAUGGCUCUUACACAACAGAUAGUGGAAAGUUUUUUCUUACCUGGUACUCAAAUGUGCUUUUGAGACAUGGAGACGAAAUCCUCGAAGCUGCCUCGAAAAUCUUUGAAGGUUGCCCUAUCAAGCUGGCAGCUAAGGUUGCAGGAAUUCAUUGGUGGUACAAAUCUAGCAAUCAUGCUGCAGAGCUUACAGCAGGUUAUUACAACUUAGAUGAAAGAGAUGGAUACAGACCCAUUGCUAGGAUGCUAGCGAGGCAUAGGGCUGUAUUGAAUUUCACUUGCAUUGAAAUGCAGGAUGAAGAACAACCCUCAGAAGCUGGUUGUGGGCCAGAAGCUCUUGCGAAACAGGUCUUGAAUGCAGGCUGGAAGGAAGGGAUUGAGGUCUCUUGUGAAAAUGCUUUACCCAGAUAUGAUAGAGAGGGAUAUGAACAGAUGAUAAGGCAAGCCAGACCAGAUGGAAUAAACAGAGAAGGACGACCCGUGAGGCGCAUAUCUGCUUUAACCUAUCUAAGACUAUCCAACGAGCUAAUGCGAGAAAACCCAUGGAAGGAAUUUAAGAGAUUUGCACGGAUAAUGCACGUUGGAUUGGAUUACCAUCCAGAACCUGAAAAGUACUUCAAUCCAAGAGGGCCUCUGCAACGUUCAAAGCCAAGACAAGAGAUAAGAGAGUUCCUCGAUGCAGCGGUGCCAUUGGAGCCUUUCUCCGGUGGGGAUUAUGGUGCUGGCGAUUUGGAUGCAUUGUGCCCAGAUGAGGAAGAAUCUGAAAAGAAUGAAGCCUCUUUUAUAAAUCGGAUAUUCAGAAGAUUCUUUUAAAUAGAAAUUACGUCUGCUACCCUGUUGAAGUUGGAGCUUUGAAUUCAGAAUAUGUCAAGUCCAGUUUUGUCAGUGUAGAGAAAUGCCCGAAUUUGGAAAAGACCCCUUAUAUCGUCUUGCUAUAUAAUAAUAAUAUAUUAUUGAAAACAAACAAAUAAAUGACACCAAACAUUUUCUUGCAACAGAAAACAACGAAUACCUGCAAAACUCUUACAACUGUAUUUUAUACACUCAUGGCAACGGUUUGAACUUAUGCAGAAGUUCUUUUGUAUAUAUUAUGUAUUUAUAUAGUUAACUAUAUAUGUAUGUGUCU